ACUCACGCCCCUUACCUUUGAUCCAGGAUACACGGAACACAUCGGUGGAAGCCUCAGCCAUGGACCUCGUGCUGAAUGUCGCUGACUAUUACUUCUUCACUCCGUACGUGUACCCUGAAUCAUGGCCUGAGGAUGGGGCACUGCGGCAGAUCCUCAGUCUCCUGGUGGUGACCAACCUCGGGGCUGCCAUCUUGUAUCUUGGCCUGGGAGCAUUCAGCUAUUAUUUCAUCUUUGACCACAAUCUAAUGAAACACCCACACUUCUUAGAGAAUCAAGUGUGGAGAGAAAUCAAAUAUGCCAUGACCUCUCUGCCGUGUAUCAGCAUCCCCACAGUGGCCUUGUUUUUCGCUGAAGUCAGGGGAUACAGCAAACUGUACGACAACGUCAGCGACUCUCCUUUGGGUUGGCCAGGCCUCUUCCUGAGUAUGAUCUCCUUCCUAUUGUUCACUGAUAUGUGCAUCUACUGGAUUCAUCGCUUCCUGCACCACAAGCUUAUCUACAAGAUGUUUCACAAGCCACACCACGUUUGGAAGAUCCCUUCCCCCUUCGCCAGCCACGCCUUCCAUCCCGUCGACGGCUUCCUGCAGGGCCUCCCAUAUCACAUCUACCCGUUCCUCUUCCCCCUUCACAAGGUCCUCUACUUGGCCCUCUAUGUGUUCGUCAACAUCUGGACCAUCUCCAUCCACGAUGGUGACUAUCGCGUUCCCAGCGGCCUGAUUAGCGUCAUCAACGGCGCGGCCCACCACACUGACCAUCACCUCUUCUUCGACUACAACUAUGGCCAGUACUUCACCCUAUGGGACCGGCUGGGAGGUUCCUACAGGCAUCCAUCGGCUCUGAUGGGGAAGGGCCCCAUAGAUCUGAUUCGGAAACUUCAAGCAGAGGGAAAGUUGGGUAAAGAAAAGCUGAACGGACAGAGAACAGCGACUCGCAAAGAAGAGUAA